AAAUACAGUAAAGAGAAACACUGAAGCGAGAUUGAAAACGAGCGCAGUUUCCACGUUCUGUUGUGAAAUAUUUGUGCAAUACGUAGCUUUAAAUUGCAAGCUUAUGUGGUGUGAAGCGCGUCACUUCAGUCUUGGAAAACACAAGCAGUGGGGCGGGUUUUUUUGUUAUUUCUUUUUUAUGAAGCUAAGGUCCUUGCAUUUGAAAUGGGUUUUUAAAAAUGUCACGGCUGCAAUGCAACGUUUGUAGUUAAUCUAAGGAAUUGAUCUAAUGGGGGUUGCUCACGUCUGGAUACAUGUUUUUAAAAGUAUAUCUGUUACAGCACAUAUAUCCCUGUAAAACGUUAAAAAAAAGACAUGACUAUGUCAGUCGCGGAGAGGCAUUCUGGAUCCGGGGCUAAAGAGGAGGAGAGCGAAGAUGAGAGCGAAAUUUUGGAAGAGAGCCCCUGUGGUCGGUGGCAGAAACGAAAGGAACAGGUAAACCAAGGCAAUGUGCCUGGCAUGGAUAGUACCUUCCUGGCCAUGGACACCGAGGAGGGAGUGGAGGUGGUGUGGAACGAGGUCCAGUUCUCUGACAAGAUGAUUUUCAAAGCACACGAGGAGAAGAUUAAGGAUAUGUUUGAAAACCUAAUGCAGGUGGAGCACCCGAACAUUGUGAAGUUUCACAAGUACUGGUUAGAUGUGACGGAAAUCAAAGCCAGGGUGAUCUUCAUUACUGAGUACAUGUCUUCAGGGAGUCUCAAACAGUUCUUAAAGAAAACCAAGAAAAACCACAAGACCAUGAACAAAAAGGCAUGGAAGAGAUGGUGCACACAGAUCCUCUCAGCCCUCUGCUACCUGCAUUCCUGUGACCCACCUAUUAUCCAUGGCAACCUGACCUGUGACACCAUCUUCAUCCAACACAACGGCCUCAUCAAGAUUGGCUCAGUCUGGCAUCGCCUCUUCGUCAAUGUAUUCCCAGAUGCAGUCCAUGGCGGCAUCAAACACCUCAGAAAUGAACAGAGAAACCUCCAUUUCUUAGCCCCGGAAUACGGCUCUUUUGAAGACAAAACUGCCAUAGAUAUCUUCUCAUUUGGAGUCUGUGCACUGGAGAUGGCUGUGCUGGAGAUCCAGGCCAAUGGGGAUGCUAUCGUCUCGAAAGAAGCCGUAGCUCACACGGGGCAGUCUCUGGAGGAUCUGUUAAUGAGGGAGUUUGUCCAGUCGUGUUUGCGUCACGAAGCUAAGAAGCGCCCCAGCGCCCACGACCUGCUCUUCCACCAGGUCCUCUUUGAGGUGCACUCCCUGAAGCUCUUGGCUGCACACUGCUUCAUCAACAAUCAGUAUAUGUUGCCUGAGAACUGUGUGGAAGAAAGGACUAAAACAUUUGAUCCCAGCGCUGUGAUGGCGGAGAUUCAACAUAAAAACCGUCCUGGGGUGCAGCUGAAGUAUUCCCAUGUGUCCCCUCUGGAGCUGGACAAGUUCCUGGAAGAUGUCAAGAAUGGGAUUUACCCCCUAAUGAACUUUGCUUCUCCCCGUCCCCACCUCAUACCGCGUGCCCUGUCACUGUCCCAGGAGCAUGUGGAGACUGUGACACCCCCCACCCCUGAGCCACAGGAGACGGAGACCAGGAAGGUUGUCCAGAUGCACUGUAACCUGGAGUCCAAUGAUGAAGGGACCAAAAUGCAUCUGACCCUAUUUCUGAAAAUGGAAGAUAAGCUACACAGACAGCUCAGCUGUGACAUCCUUCCCUCUGACGGUUCAAAGGAUCUAGCAAAUGAACUGGUUCAGCAUGCAUUCAUUUGUGAGGAUGACUGUGAAAAGCUCACUAGCUUCCUGGAUGAGGCCUUUCUCAAGCACAGGGCCAGUGGAUCAAUCUUGCACGGAGUAAUGAUGAUGCACUGAACCAAUUCCACAGUUUCCACAGAAGCUGCCUGCCACGCUGAGUCUAAAUUGAGACAACAGCAAGCCUGCCAAUGAGACAAGGAGUUUAAGUCCUGGGGUGCCACCUUGACAGAAAACUUUACAGAUGAACUCAUAUAAUAUAAAAAUAACAUAAAACAGAGAAUCUGUUUUAAAGAGCUUGUUUUAUUCCCCUCCUCCAGGAUAUCUCAACUGAGAUGCAACUUUGCAUUUUUAGUAGCAUGUCCAGUUGCAUCUGCCUACUUUAGGAGUAUGGAUAGGACUGUGAGGACAAAGUCAAACAGUGAUUUUAAGAAUCUCCUGGCCUAACUCUGACCCAUAAUUGUAUUUCCUACCUCCACUAUGAACUCACAUCUUGAAGAAUGUGUGCAUGAAAAUGUCUUUGCAAUUUUGAAAACUUCCAAACACUUUUUUAUGUGUGGCAUGUCAUGCAUACAGCAUACUGUGGAGCCCCAUGAUCGAAUACAUGUGUUGACAUUUUAUUGUCCAUUCUUGAGGAACUGCGUGCUGGUUCUGUAAUUUUGUCUUUGUUCUGGUGUAGAAAGACUGAUCUCUGAUCACCAAACUAAUGUCAAGGUAUGCCUUAUGGCUAGGAUGAGGACCACCGGUGCAUUGGUCCAGUACACCAGCCCAGUACACCCGAGUGCAUGUGGGCUUUUACUUGUACGGGUACAAUAUUGUAUUAAAAAAACAAAUUAAAAAACUUGUAAUCCU